AACACUCCACAUUUCACUUACCUGGCUUCAACAUCAGUUCCUGAAGACUUGCCAGUUGGCACCAAAGUGAUCAUGGUCAGAGCUUCAGAUGAGGAUUCUGGAGUCAAUAGUAAUUUCUGUUUGAUUUAAAUAAGUUCACAGGAUGUGAUUUAAAUAAGUUCACAGGAUGACCUGACUGGUCUGAAAUCUAUGCCUGGCAUGCAGUGGCAUAGCGAGGGUGUUUGGCGCCCGGGGACAAGAUUCGCGCCCGGGGACAAGAUCCAUUUUUAGCGCCCCUUUUUCUUUUUUUCAACUCUCAAACCCAUUAUUUUCAUCAAUAAAAUGUUAUCAAAGCACAUUUUGGCGCCCCUAAAUAGCUUGGGCCCGGGAACAACUGUCCCCCCUGCCCCCACCACGCUACGCCUCUGCUGGCAUGCAUUUUGUAGUAGAUGCAAAACACAGGAAUCUGAAAUAAUAUUAAUUUCCCAAAUUGAAACUGACUUCUAAAUUUUAAGAUUUAUGUUUACAACAUUUAAAAGGUAGCAUUUUAAUUAUCAUAUUGAAUGACAUCUGUAAUAGGUUAUCCACCUCUCUGCUUUUCUUGCUACCUUCAAAUGUUGCUGUCUAAAUUACAGAAGAACUAUUGUAUCAGAUAAAUGGAGCCACAGCCAGCGGUAAAUUCAGCAUUGAACCAGUUCAUGGAAAUAUUGUUUUAGAAAAAUCUUUGGAUUAUGAAAUGCAAAAGUUUCAUCAGAUUGUUGUUACUGUCAGGGUAGGUUUACUAAAAAAAAAAAAAGAAGAAUUUUAAAUAAUGUCAUUGCAACAAUAAUUGUCUUUAAAGGAAAUCAGAAAAUGAAAUGAAUUACGCCGUUUUAAAAUAAUUAAAGAUAUUUGUUCACCUGAAAUGAUUUUAGUAGGACAUCACUCUCCUCACUGUAACACAUGGUUGGGUUUCCGCAUUUUUUCUUCUUCCCCUUGCCACAGUCUUAAAAAAAUGUGCUUAUUAAUUAUAUAAUUAGGAUAAUGGGGUACCUCCCAGAUCUGUCACUGGAACUGUGACAGUAACUGUGACUGACGUCAAUGACAGCCCACCUGUCUGCAAUGCUUCAGUAGUGACGGUGAGGCUGCCUGAGAAUUCUCUCCAAAUGUUAGUGGCCAGUGUUUCAUGUACAGAUGCUGACAGUACAGAUACUGUCACAUACAACAUCACUGAAGGUAGGAUACAUCUUUAGCCAUUGCUAGUCUAAAAAUCCCUGGUGUUAGGAAUACUUAAUCAGAUGUAUAAAAUGAUUGAAAGCGAAAAAAAAAAGCUUUAUAAUUGUUUCUUACCGAAGACUUUUACUAUGACUAUUAAAUUUCUAUAACUAAAUUGAUGGUUCUUUACUGUGUGAUGUUAUACUUGAUGUUUAUACCACAGGAAAUGAUAACAGUUUUGUUAUUGAUUCCAACACUGGAGUUAUAACUUUAGCACAGCCGGCCAGUCUUGACUUUGAAACUACUCCACUGUACAUGUUGAGAGUUUCAGCUUCUGAUGGCAUCCACAUUCAAGAUGUCUUUGUUAAGGUAAUAUACAUGACCUCCAGACAACAGAUUAAAAUCUUUGUUAAGGUAAUAUUUUGCUACCCCAGAUGACAAAUUCAAGCCUUUGUUAAGGUAAUAUUUUGUUGUCCCAGACAACAAAUUUGUUAAAUUUGCUACUUGUUGUUGUAGAGAUAAAUUUUAAUGUUAAUUAUUUUCUUCAAUACAUCCAAUAAAAUCAUGUCAAUAUUAAGGUCAAACAAAAACAACUUUAAACAGAAAAAUUCCAAACAUUUAAAUCACUUUCAAUUCCUCACUUGAAUAAUUCUCAUCACUGAGAAUUUUGGAAGUUUAUUGUUUAUGUGCAAUAUAGUAUUUUCAUCACUAUGAUAAAUUAUUAAUUGUGCUCUUUGUUAAAGACAGAUUCAUUUUCAAGGGACUUUAUUGUUUUCACAAUCAGGUGAUUGUAACAGAUGUAAAUGAGUACAGGCCAGAUUUUAAUCCAAAUGGUCCCAUAUCAAAGAUGGUAACAGAAGAUCUGAGUAUCCAUGAAAUAAUUUAUGAAUUCAAUGCUACUGACAGGGAUACCAGUGACACAGUGAAAAUUUACACUAUUCUAAAUGGCAACUCA